UGAUUUCACCCAAAUUGAUUUCCACUUUUAAAUGGGUACUUCAUCAUGAAGUGUUAACAGAAAUGUGAAUAAGAGGGACUGAUGUAUAGAACAAAAUAUUAAUCAGUAUUAAUAAAACAUUUCUCAAGAAGCAGUAAUGCAGCUUUUGACCAUCAUACCAGGCGUUUUGCAACUUUGACCUGCACCCCAUUGUUAUUUACUCUAGCUCAUUUGCCAGUAAAAUCCAAAGAGUCUUGAAGCACAAAUCUUUGCUUGUAUUCUGCCUCCUCUGGUGACAACACAGCAUAUUGCAAAGCUCUAAUAUAGCUAUUACCGACUAUUGACAUAUGUACUUAAUUAUGUAUUAAGAGCAGAGUUCACUUUCUUCUAUAUAAUUUCAGAGGAAAGUUGUUUUAUGAAAGAAGUAUGCUAGAACAUUGUGAUUGCAGUGUGCUGUUUAACAAAGGAGGAGUAUGCAAAAAGCAAUGGCAGAAUGGAGCUUUGAUAGGUUCAAGCAUCAUACAAAAGUAUAGGCUACUAGAAUUAUAAAUGAUUGUAUAAUUAUAAGUUUUUACUGUUUAUAAAUAAAUGAUUAAAAACAUAUUUUUUAAGUUCCAACUACAUUUCAUACUCGUCUACUCGUUUUCAAGAGCACAUUUAUUUUAACCACGACAACCCAAAAGGAUCAGGGUUGUAUCUCAUUGAAGUCCUUGAGUUCAGCCCUUGUUCUGGUUCCCAGAACGUUCUGGGAACGUUAGUCUUUGGCUAUUAAAAAAUAAAACCUAAAACGAACGUUCCUAAAAUGUUAGAAAUUGGUUCCCUAAAAUAACCGAUUACACUUUACGAUAAGGUUGCAUUAAUUAACAUUAGUUAAUGCAUUAGGGAUCGUAUCAUGAACAAACAAUUAACAAUGUAUUGUUUACAGCAUUUAUUAAUCUUUUUUAAUGUUAAAUAAUAAAAAUACAAUUGUUCAUUUUUAGUUCAUGUUAGUUCAUAGUGCAUUAACUGAUGUUAACAAACACAGCUUUUGAAUUUAAUAAUGUAUUAGUAUAUGCUAUGUAUUAGUAUAUGUUGAAAUUAACAUUAACUAAGAGUAAUAAAUGCUGUAAAAGUGUUGUUCAUUGUUAGUUCAUGUUAACUAAUGUUGUUAACUAAUGUUAACAAAUGGAACCUUCUUAUAAAGUGUUACCAAAUAACUAUACUGUCUGGAACCAAACGCUAAAGCUAAAAAAACCUUUUUGUGUUUGCUGGGUUCUGUGUUUACAACCUGGUCACUGAAAUGAUUGUGUAGCCUAUAUGAAGACUACAACCCUUAUUUACUGGAUGAUAGCUUCUCUCGUAUAUUUUGUGUAGAUUUCUGAGGAUUUUGACAUUAGAAACAAAAGUUAUGUUCCGGUGUGCUUAUGUGAUUAUUCAUAGCAAUUGGAGGCCGCUCUCACUUCUCAAAUUCCGUAUUGAAUUGCAGGCACAGGGAUUCACUCGGUCUAUGUUUAGCUCCCCUCAACUCCAAAGUCUGAGUUGCGACACACAUUAUCUGAUGGGAUAUUAUUUUAAGAUUUAAACAUUUACCUUUAAAGGCUGAAGAAUUCAAACGCGAGCAAGUGUGUUUUUCAAGUGGAGUGCAAAUGCAAGAUUUUUGGAUUUACAAUAAGAAGAAAUUCGACUAUUUUGACCAAGUAAUGCUGUAAUACUAAAAAAGAAAAGAAAGAUAUAGGACACACCAAUUCAAGGAAGCUUGAAAAUGUUGCUGCGAAUUAUUUUGUUUUUGGCUCUCUGCAUUGUUUUUAUCCAUGGUAAGUUUGCAUACAUGUGAACAAAUGAAGGCAUGCUGAUGUGAUUAAAAUGAUUUAGAGGAUGACGAGAACUUUUUAUUUAUAAUGACAAUAUGUUGAAUAGGUGUUGGUGUCACCAUGGAAGAACCUGUUUAUCUUCAAUUAAUGUAGAUGCAUAUGGUAUAAUAGAUGCUUUGUUUCCUAUGUAUUGCUCAGUACUGUAACGUAAUGUAAUGUAAAUACACUGUAAAAAAUAAAAGUUGAAUAAACUUGAAAAUGCUUUGCAGCAGGUUGCCUUACUUUUGUGUGUUAACUCAACUUUAGGCAAAUUAUUUGUACCAGUUUAACAAUUCAAGUUGGAAUGUAAGUUCCAUGAACUCAAUACAAUAUGUUCAACAAACUCAAAAAUAUCAAUGAUUAUUAAGUUCAAUAACCUUGCAUUGUUCAGUACAGCUGGUCAUAAUUUUCAAUAUCCUUGAAAAUAAUAUAAAAAGCUAUUCUUAACAAUAUUUACAUUUCAUAGAUACAUUGUAUAUAAGAAAUAUUCUUUGUCAAAGAAUUGGGGAUGGGUCCAACUGAUCCAGUGAUCCAACUGAGCAUGCUCAAAAGACUUGCCAGAAGGACAGACUGGAUGUGCUGAAGUGGACUCCAUGACAGAGGCAGUGGCUGGAAAGAGUUUUAUGUUGGGUUGCAUCUCUUGCAAGAGGAGGGAAGAGGUGCCUGGUUCUGCUAUCGUGGACUGGCACUUCAAACCAUCUGAAGAUGAGGACUUUAUCCAUAUUUUCCGAUAUGAAUAUACUUCCCCCAGCAUUCUUGAUGAAAACUAUGAGGGAAGACUAGAGUGGCAUGGGACAAUGGGGACAAAGGAUGUGCAAAAUGGAGCCAUCUUCAUUCACAACGUCACAUUUAACGACACUGGGACCUACCGUUGUACCUUCCACCGCACACUGUUCCUUCCUCCAGAUGAGGAACAUGUGACAAUAAGAAAAGAUGUGGAACUCACCGUUGUGGAAGAGGCCAACCCUGAGCUGACAGCCGUAAUCUCUGAGAUUAUGAUGUAUGUGCUGAUCGUAGUCCUGCAGUUGUGGAUGAUUGGAGUGCUGAUUUACUGUUAUAAGAAGAUCUAUGCUGAGAAUGAAGCUCGAGAGGCCAGAAAAGCAGCUGCUCAGAACAAACUCAUCAAUGCAAAUGAUCCUUGUGAUGGGGUGCAUUUUGAAUAACUACAGUUUUGGUUAGUGAAUGUGAAAGUAUCAGAGUCAGUUAUACAAUUAAAUGAAGUAACAGCCCUUUGAUUGCAUGCAUGUCACAGUAGCUUUACUAAUGAGGAAGAUGGGGAUAAGGAGGAUGACUAGUCUUGUGGCCAAUAGAAACCUCAACCAUUUCUGUUGAUAUUUCUACAGUAGCAUAGCAUUUCAUUCUGUAAGCUAAUAUUUUUGGCCACUACUGUACAUGCAAUAUAUUCACCAAUCAGCCACAACAUUAAAACC